AAAAUAUAAUGAUUAAUAAUCUAAUAUACUGUAACUAAUUAAUAUAUUUACCAUACAAUAGCAAAUCAAAAUAGUAAAAGUUAUAAUAACAUUAUAAUAAUAAAAUUCAAUAUAAUAGUUAUGGAUAGAAAUGUUAGCCCAAGUGUAACAAUAUGUGAAAACAAUACUCCGAACGAUACGGUUAGACAUCGGAUGAGACGAGUAAACAGUAUAACCGUUGCAAAUGCCUAUCGAGAAGAAAAAAUUCAAAGGAAUUUACAACCAGACCGACCACUACAUGAAUGUCGGGACUCAUUGUUCAGCGCGUCCAGCAAUUUCCAAAAUUACCGAGGAUUUUUGAAUUUGGCGCUAAUUAUGCUGGCAUUAUGCACUGGACGGGUGGCUUUGGAGAAUGUGAUCAAAUACGGCAUUCUUGUGGAUCCGAUGCAAAUUUUUAGACUAUUCUUUGGCGGCACCAGUAUAUGGCCCACACUUUUCACAUUAUUCGCUGUCAAUAUAUUUAUAUUAUUCUCAUUUCACAUUGAAAAACAAUUAUCCAGGUCAGAAAUCACAGAAGAGAAGGCCUUAAGACAUCAAAUAGGUGUUUGUGGAUCUGUUAUCAUAUUUCCGGUGUUAAUGGUUUUUGUCAUCGAAAUGCAUCCCAUAAGUGCAUCCAUAGCGUGUACGUUAUACUCAAUGGUGUUUUUAAAGUUAGUGUCAUAUCAUAUGGUUAACUACUGGUGCCGUCAGUUUCGCGUAACUAAUAAUUACAACAAAUAUAGAGAGCGGAGAAAAAGUAGCGACAAUAUAACCGUCCCUAAUAUGGAGACUAUUAUACUGAAUAAUAUUAAAAACAAUGUUAAUUCCAAUCAUUAUAAUAGCAAAAAGUAUAAAAACAAUAAUCACAAACACUUAAAUGGUAGCGCACAGACCAGACAUCUAGUUCAAUACCCGGAUAACUUAACGUAUAGGGAUCUAUACUAUUUUAUUGCUGCCCCAACUCUUUGUUAUGAACUCAAUUUUCCCAGAAGUGAACGAAUCCGCAAACAUUUGCUUAUUAAAAGACUCAUUGAAAUGAUAUUUUUAGUUCAACUAAAUAUGGCGUUAAUCCAACAGUGGAUUGUGCCCACCAUUAAUAACUCACUCAAACCACUCCAGGAAAUGGAUUAUCCCAGAAUGUUGGAGAGACUUCUUAAACUAGCGGUACCAAACCAUUUUAUUUGGCUCAUAUGGUUCUACUGGUACUUCCACUCGACACUCAACUUCAUGGCUGAAGUGUUGCGAUUUGGGGACAAAGAGUUUUACCGAGAUUGGUGGAACUCGGAAAGUGUGGAAUACUUCUGGAAAAACUGGAAUAUUCCGGUCCACUCGUGGGCCGUCCGACAUCUCUACAAACCCCUGCUUCAAAGCGGUUACAAUAAGCUGAGCGCCGGUAUCGUUGUGUUCCUGGUGUCGGCCUUUUUCCACGAAUACCUCCGUGAAGUAGAAUCAGUUAUGGGUUGUGGUGUGGACACAUCGCGUAUAAUAUUUGCAAACCCGUGCAAAUCUAGGGCACAAUUGCGUUACGUUAAGUCAAUUGGACUCAAAUUAAUGACAUUUGAUAACGAAGAAGAACUGAUGAAAGUAUCGGUUCUCUAUCCUGAGGCUCAACUCGUUCUACGUAUCAAAACAGACAACACGUACUCGACGUCCAAACUUAGUCUUAAAUUUGGGGCCGAUAUUCACGAAACGGAACACCUCUUGAGUCGAGCUAAAUGUCUCGGUUUGAAUGUUAUCGGCAUUGCAUUUCAUGUGGGAAGUGGUUGUCAAAAGUCGGGUCCAUAUUUAGAGGCCAUUCACAAAGCAAAGAAUGCUUUCAAUAUUGGCAUUAAUUUGGGAUUCAAUAUGACAUUAUUGGACAUCGGGGGCGGCUUUCUCGGCAGCGCAGAGUUGGCCAAAUUGCCAUUUUGUACCGUCACAGCCGACAUCAACGAGGCAUUGGACCAGCACUUCCCGGCCGAUAGUGGGGUCACUAUAAUAGCAGAACCGGGAAGGUUUUACACCAUAAGUGCAUUUCAUUUAUGCGCUCAAAUCACGUCCAAACGGGUUGUGGUUACCGACGAUCGCACACAACGACUAAUUAUGUAUUACAUUAACGAUGGACUGUACGGAUCCUUCAGUUCAGUGACCACUGGUCAUCGAUCGGUACAACCUAUUCCUGUACUCAAAGACACCGACCGAUUGGAUAGUCGGACACAAUGUUUGUCUGUGAUAUGGGGUCCGACGUGUGAUAGUUAUGACUGCGUGCGCUCUGAGCACCUGAUGGCAGAGAUGAUGGUUCCUAAUAUAAUGAACGACAAGAGCUAUGCUUUGUUCAGAAACUCCGAGGACUUAAAAUCCCCGAUUAAUGCCGUACUUGUGGUGAUCAUCAUAUGUAUGGAAGUGUCGAUCAAAUCUUGUUUAAGAGAACCCAAGUAUAAGAUUAAUAAAAUUAAGAAUGAUUGCGAUCCCAAUUCAUUGCCAUUUUUGUGGGAAAUUAAGAGCAAUAUAUCGUCAAACAUGUCGUCCUCCGCCCCUCCCAACAGUCAAUCUUACUUUUUCGGGACAAUACAUGUGCCGUACUCUCGGGUCUGGGACUCGAUUCCAAAUCGGGUGAAGAGAGCCUUCCAUAACAGCGAUAAUAUAUUCUUCGAGUUAGAUCUGAUCGAUGGCUAUACGGUGUCCACUCUUUCCAAAUGUCAAAUGCUUCCCAAAGGAGACAAACUCAUUGAUAUUUUGCCGCCAGAUCUCUACCGGAGAUUGAAAAGUCAUUUGGAUUACGUGAGGCAUAAGUUGCCGACUUGGAUGACAGCCGACCAGAGGGCCCGCGGACUCUAUGCCGAGUACUUGUAUAAUGCAAUCACAAGCAAUUGGGAGCACAAGAAACCCGUUUGGAUAAUGUUAAUGAUUAACUCUCUAACAGAAAAUGAUAUUAAAUCGAGAGGUAUUCCUGUAUUGGAUCUGUUUCUGGCACAGGAGGCCCAGAGACUCAACAAACACAUCGGAUCUGUUGAAAAAGUAGAAGAGCAGUGUAUUCCUCUCAAUGGACUCAACUAUUCUGAAGUGUUGUUUGCAUUGAACCAAACCCUAUACCAACACGAAGGCAUACGACUGGGAAUCUUGCGCUCAAAACUGACAACCGAUGACCUCAUAAGACAUUACAAUUGCGGUGAUCUCAACGAAAUCAUAUUCAACUACGACACCACUCAUGUUCCUAAUAUAAUGAACGACAAGAGCUAUGCUUUGUUCAGAAACUCCGAGGACUUAAAGUUAGCCAAACAUAUCGACGAUUAUUUCCGAUCCGAAGUUAUUGUGAAGCGAAACAAACGAAUGAGUGAACGAGUGCUCAAUAUUUUACAGUCAAACCCAAAUCAAAGCUAUUUCUUUGCAUUUGGCGCCGGUAUUGAUGACAACAAUUUCUAA